CAGCAGCGGAGCCAGGCCUGAAGCAGAGGAGGUGUGUUCUACAGUGUCACGCUCUUCGUCACUCAGCAACGGCGCGUGCCCCUGCUUUCCAUCCCCCCCUCCUCGCGCCCGUCACGGAACGUCCCUCUCCCCCCUCCCCGCGAGCCGCCGCCGGAGCCGCCUCGCAGUAGCUGGGAGCCGCCGCCGGAGCAGCCAUGGCCGAGAACGCCGCCGCCGCCGCGGGCCUGGAGAACCACCGCAUCAAGAGCUUCAAGAACAAGGGCCGCGACGUGGAGACAAUGAGAAGGCACAGAAAUGAAGUAACAAUUGAACUGCGGAAGAACAAAAGAGAUGAACAUCUUUUGAAAAAAAGAAAUGUCCCUCAAGAAGAAAGUUUAGAAGACUCGGAUGUUGAUGCUGACUUCAAAGCACAAAAUGUAACACUAGAAGCUAUAUUGCAGAAUGCCACAAGUGAUAACCCUGUGAUCCAGUUGAGUGCUGUCCAAGCUGCAAGAAAACUGUUAUCCAGUGACAGAAAUCCACCUAUUGACGACUUAAUAAAAUCUGGAAUUUUACCAAUUUUGGUCAACUGUCUAGAAAGGGAUGAUAAUCCCUCGUUACAAUUUGAAGCUGCUUGGGCACUGACUAACAUAGCAUCGGGCACUUCUGCACAGACCCAAGCUGUGGUACAGUCAAAUGCAGUACCCCUCUUUUUGAGACUGCUUCACUCCCCACAUCAGAAUGUUUGUGAGCAAGCUGUUUGGGCUCUUGGAAAUAUUAUAGGUGAUGGUCCUCAGUGUAGAGAUUAUGUCAUAUCACUGGGAGUUGUCAAACCUCUUCUGUCCUUCAUCAAUCCCUCCAUUCCCAUCACCUUCCUUCGGAACGUCACAUGGGUCAUUGUAAAUCUCUGCAGGAAUAAGGACCCCCCACCGCCUAUGGAGACAGUUCAGGAGAUUUUGCCAGCAUUGUGUGUUCUUAUAUACCAUACAGAUAUAAACAUUCUUGUGGACACUGUUUGGGCUUUGUCCUACCUAACAGAUGGUGGUAAUGAACAGAUACAGAUGGUCAUUGAUUCAGGCGUUGUACCUUUUCUAGUUCCCCUUCUGAGCCAUCAGGAGGUUAAAGUUCAAACAGCAGCACUGAGAGCGGUAGGCAACAUAGUAACUGGUACUGAUGAACAAACACAAGUUGUUCUCAACUGUGACGUUCUCUCUCACUUCCCAAAUCUCCUGACGCAUCCAAAAGAGAAGAUAAACAAGGAAGCAGUUUGGUUCCUUUCCAAUAUCACAGCAGGAAACCAGCAACAAGUUCAAGCUGUAAUAGAUGCUGGACUAAUCCCUAUGAUCAUACACCAGCUGGCUAAGGGGGACUUUGGAACACAAAAGGAAGCUGCAUGGGCAAUUAGCAACUUGACAAUAAGUGGAAGAAAAGAUCAGGUUGAAUAUCUUGUACAACAGAAUGUAAUACCGCCAUUCUGUAAUUUACUGUCAGUAAAAGACUCUCAGGUGGUCCAGGUGGUCCUGGAUGGGCUGAAAAACAUUCUGAUAAUGGCUGGUGAUGAGGCUAGCACAAUAGCUGAAAUUAUAGAAGAAUGUGGAGGUUUAGAGAAAAUUGAAGCCUUGCAACAGCACGAGAAUGAGGACAUCUAUAAACUAGCAUUUGAAAUCAUAGAUCAGUAUUUCUCUGGUGAUGAUAUUGAUGAAGAUCCCAGCCUCAUUCCUGAAGCCACUCAAGGAGGUACUUACAACUUUGACCCAACAGCCAAUCUUCAAACAAAAGAAUUUAAUUUUUAAGUUCAAUACAGUGCAGCUUCUCUGUCCCACACCAAUAUGAAGCACCACCAAAUGGCUACCAAGUGAAAAUAAAAAAGGCUCCAAGACACACAUGCCUCCUCGUUUUGAUGCUUCUAAAGCAAGCAAUGUAUCGGUCACUUUGCAGUUGCCAAAAGUCACUAUCACGUGGACUGUAAAUGCAUAUGCAUGAUCUCUCAAACUGUUUUACAAUUCUUUUUAACAGUCCCAAUUACCUUCUUUUUUUGCCUUUUUCCCUGGUGCCACAUGCUGACAACCGCAAUCUGCAGUUUUGUUAAGAAAAUUUCAUAGUGGUGGCACAUCUGCUUUCCAGGGAAAAGUAACUUCUUUGGAAAAUGGUGCGCUGUGGAUCAAGACACUUUGGUAUGAUGCAUACAUUUUGGAAGACUUUACAGGGGCACAGUUUGGUCUGAGCCUCCAUCGUCCUCCACAAACAUAUUUUCAUAUACUUUAUGUGGAAGAAUAGAUUAAAAAAUGCAAGCCAAAUGAAUUUCAUUGGUGAAACUGAAAUAAAAGUAACUUACACUUGGCAAUUGAUUAAACAGUUAAGUUUAAAAAACAAACUACUUCAUCUAUCAGUAAUUGAUGUGUGUUCAUUAACUGCCUCAGAAACCAGGGUUGAAGAAUGAACUGUAGAUUUGGACUGGUAAAGCUUUUGCCGUUGUACCUAAUUUUUGAGAACAGCAAGCCCUAUUUGACCACUCACUUCAGCCUGUGUGUUCCUGCUGUUUUGAAGUAAUCAAAUGCUGUGCAUGGUAUUUUACCUGAGCUACAACCUGUUAUGGACUUGAACUUCUGUUUAAGCUGAAAGCAAGAGUCCUUGACUAGAAAAAAAAUCUGUCCAAAACUACGCGUUGUUUAAAAAGAAUCUUGCUUUCAACUUCCAGUAGUCAGUAUAUUUCAUUUUUAAUUGAUAAUUGGAUAAGGUUGAUUUAUAUUGGGUUUAAACUGUGGAGCUUUCAUGUUUACUGUAAUUUAGUCUUAAACUAUUUUU